ACAACAACAACCGAGGAUGGAGUAAUGUUUAAUUAGGGAUGGAGGUGCAGACGUGCAGUACACAUCCCCAAUGUAACCGACACGGCGACAUCAUAAAGAUCGACGAAAUACGGAGUAACAUAGUUGAUGUGGCCCCCCCAAUGGCCGACGCGGUUUACACCGGGCCAAACGCACCCUAAACCGACUAGGGAAGCAAAGAACCAAAUACAGAGUGAGUCAUACAGUAAUACACGUAACUCCGCAUUACUUACUGCUGCUACUCAAAUCGGCAGUCUUGAAUCUUGAGCACAGUAUUGUGAAACCGGUGGGAGGGAAUUGAGUGUCGAAGAUCCAGACGCGGGGUUUUGAAUUGCAGACCGGUGGGUAUUAUGGUUCUCGUUUGAUUUCAGGAAUUCGACUCCGCAGAGUGGAAAGUUCGAAACUUGGAGAUCGGAGGAGGGGGGGAAGACUGGGUCUGCUCAAUUCACUCGCGCCCUUGGAUUGUAAUGGCAAGCAAACUAGCCUCUGGGGACAACCGGACUAGAAGGUCCAUAUCGAUAUUCAUCAUAUGUGGUCUAUGUUGUUUCUUCUAUCUGCUUGGAGUGUGGCAAAGAAGUGGGUUUGGCAAGGGAGACAGCAUAGCCUUGGAGGUGACAAGGUCUACCACAGACUGCAAUGUAUUGACAAACCUUAAUUUUGAGACCCAUCAUGGUGGUCAGCCUGGCAGUGGUGAUGAUGACUCUGACUCAAACAUGAAAAAGGAUAUUAAACCUUGUCAUCCUCGUUACACGGAUUACACUCCGUGCCAAGAUCAAAACCAUGCCAUGAAAUUCCCUAGGGAAAACAUGAUCUACAGAGAAAGGCACUGCCCUCCUCAAGAAAAGAAGUUGCAUUGCCUUAUUCCUGCACCCGAAGGGUACAUUACUCCGUUUCCAUGGCCAAAGAGCCGCGACUAUGUCCCCUAUGCUAAUGCACCUUACAAGAGCUUGACAGUUGAGAAGGCCAUUCAGAACUGGAUUCAGUAUGAGGGGAACGUCUUUAGGUUUCCAGGAGGCGGGACCCAGUUCCCUCAGGGAGCUGAUAAGUAUAUCGAUCAGCUUGCUUCAGUCAUACCUAUCGAAAAUGGGACUGUUCGGACUGCAUUGGACACUGGUUGCGGGGUUGCAAGUUGGGGUGCUUAUCUAUGGAAGAAGAAUGUGAUAGCAAUGUCAUUUGCCCCUCGAGAUUCACAUGAGGCACAGGUUCAGUUCGCCCUGGAAAGGGGUGUCCCUGCUGUCAUCGGUGUUCUAGGGUCUAUCAAGAUGCCUUAUCCCUCUAGAGCCUUUGAUAUGGCUCAUUGUUCUCGUUGUCUAAUUCCAUGGGGGGCUGCUGAUGGAAUCCUAAUGAUGGAAGUUGACCGGGUUCUUAGACCUGGAGGCUACUGGGUUCUCUCUGGCCCUCCUAUCAAUUGGAAGGUUAACUACAGAGCAUGGCAACGCCCUAAAGAUGAACUUCAGGAAGAACAGAGGAAAAUUGAAGAGGUUGCUAAACUUCUAUGCUGGGAGAAGAAGGCUGAGAAGGCUGAAAUUGCAGUUUGGCAGAAGAGGAUGGAUGCUGAUUCGUGCCGUGCGGCACAAGAGGAUUCUAGAGCUGCAUUUUGUAAUUCUGCAGAUCCAGAUGAUGUUUGGUAUGUCGUUGGAACUCAUGUCUUGUUUGGUACAAAGAAGAAAUCUUUUCUUCAUAAUAUAUUUUUCUUUUCCAGGCCUUUACAAAAAUGUUCCUAGGCCUCCCUUGGCAUUCUCUCUUCCACGUAUAUCCGAAGAAAGUUGGAUACAAUGG